CGCUGCUAUGGCAACCGACCCGGUUUAUUGCCGGGUCGGAAAGGCAGCAACGGAGCGCAAAUGCCGGAUCCCACCCGUGACGCAAGCUGGCAGAGAUAUUAGCUAUUUCAUUGUAGCACUGGUUGGCAUUGGAGUUACAGGGGGACUUUUUUAUGUUGUGUUAAAAGAACUGUUCUCUUCUUCGAGUCCCAGUAAAAUUUAUGGAAAUGCAUUUGAAAAGUGUCGAAAUCAUCCUGAGGUUAUUGGAGCUUUUGGGGAGCCCAUCAAUGCUUAUGGAGAGACCACAAGACGGGGAAGAAGACAGCAUGUUAGUUCUACAGAGUACUUUAAGGGUGGUGCCAAGUGUAUGCGGCUGAAGUUUUACAUUUCAGGUUCUGAACCAAGAAUGCAAGGUACCGUGCAUGUGGAUGUAAAAGAGAACCCACAAAGCAAGAAAUAUGAAUUUCAGUACAUCCUUGUUGACGUUGAUACCUAUCCACGCAGAACUAUUGUUGUAGAAGAUAACCGAAGUUCAAGUUAGGAAAAAACUGCUGUAACAUAUUUGCAAUGAACAAGCUGUUUAUUGAUGUGAGAGAUUGUUUCCCAGAGUGGAAUCCAUAAGGCUUGCUUUGGCAGAAAAUCCUGUACCUAGGAUGAGCUGUAAGUGAAUCGUGACUCACUUGUUUGUAAGGGAAAAAAAAAAAUCAAGUGAAUCAUGUUAUUGUUUAAUUCAGAAGGCAAACCAAGACUCCGUGACCAUUUAGCAGUGAUUUAUUGAUUUCAUGCCGUAUCAAAAAAAUACAAGAUGGCACUCAUGGUGAACUAUUUUAUACAUUGCAAUUCUUGUGGACAUCAGCAAUCCAAUGUACCUCAUAUAUUUGUUUUUUGCUAGGGUUCUAAAAUAAUGUCAUUCUAUUUCAUUAAGCCAUAAAAUAUGGUGCACAAGUGUAAUUAAUGUUCCUAAAAUGUGUGGAAACUAUGCUACAAAUUCAUUGUACAGUACAAUAAUGAAUAAAACAUUUUGUUCAUAUAUUUACUGAAA